UUAACACACCAUCACAACAUCACAAGGACUAACUGCCCUGUCGUACAGCUCUCUUCACGGAAGCACAUUGGAUUACGUCUUGCAAAGAUUCUGGAACAGUCCGAUUUGGAAUUUACUUUUUUGAGGCGAUUCCUGUGGAUUAUAAACAAACCUUCGAAGUCAAUAUGACACUGGAAGAAGUCGUUGGAUGCAACAUAACCGAUAAGAAAAUGGAGACCGUGAGUCAAGCGUUAGAGGAGCUGCUGGCUGCAGCCCAGAGGCAAGACUGCCUUACAGUAGGAGUCUACGAGUCGGCCAAACUAAUGAAUGUUGAUCCAGACAGCGUGGUGUUGUGCGUGCUAGCCACGGACGAGGAGGACGAGGACGAUAUCGCUCUGCAGAUCCACUUCACGCUCAUCCAGGCGUUCUGUUGCGACAACGACAUCAACAUCCUGCGCGUGUCCGGGAUCAAGCGCCUGGCUGAGGUGCUCUGCGAGCCCACCACCACCGACAGCAACGCCAACGAACCGAAAGACCUGCACUGCAUUCUCGUCACGAAUCCUCAGUGCCAGCCUUUCAAGUGCCCGGCUCUUCAGGAAGUGGGCAGCUACUGCAAGGAGAGUCGCUGCAAGAACCAGUGGGUGCCCUACCUCUCCCUGCAAGAACGCUGAACGCAUUUCGCCGCUAUUUGUUGGUUAAGAUGGAAAAAUGGAACAAGAACCGUCAUUCUUGAAGAAUGAGAAGGGUGCUCGCGGUGGGCUGUGUUCCCGCUGUGUGUGCACGGGGCUGCUCUGACGGCCGCUUCGUCGCGCGAGGGUGCCGCGAAUGAGAGGAACGUUCCAGGGACUUCCGCGCGCUGCGCAUUUUGCCCCGUCUCUUCCUCCCGCGAGAAGGAAAGUAGCCGCGUCGGAGAGGUGGAACGAGUCGUGACGAGAGUGUGUGUUGCUGCUCACUUGCCCCCGACUGAGUCAAAGCACGGGAGUGCACGAGCGCAGCGACGUGGGCGACGCGCCUUCGCUUUUCCAGUGUGUGGCAGAAACUGAAUGCAACGCAUCGGUGUUGAUUUUUAGACCUUGUAACUGGUCGUGUUUAAACCUUUGCCUUCAACGUGUGGACUGUAGUCUGUAGUGGAUUGCACCGUGAAUAUUGAACUGUUGGACUCUUGAGUUUGAAAGCUUUGUGACAAGGAUCAGCGGCACACGUGGAAUGCUGUGCUGAUGUAAGACUGCGACGGAAACUAGUAACUGUAACGUGAAAUCCUCUUCAGUAGCGAAUAGAGGAGACUGCACAUAGUAACUGAAUGAAAUCCUCUUCAGUAUCGAGGAGAGGAGACUGCACAUAGUAACUGAAUGAAUUGUCUGUUAACUUAUUGCUCCUAACUUAAGAAGAGUAAUAUAUGUAUUUGGACCAGACGUUUUGCAAAUAAAUUAUUGAACGAA